UUCUUCCUCCUCUUACGCUAUCCAACUUCCAAUCUCUCUCAUUUUCCCCUGCCGUUUCUUCCCUAACCCUAAUCAUGGCUGAAAGAGGAGGAGACCGCGGCGGCUUCGGCAGAGGCUUCGGUGGUAGAGGCCGUGGUGGCGACCGUGGCCGUGGACGCCGUCGUGCUGGCCGCCGUGACGAAGAGGAGAAGUGGGUUCCAGUCACCAAGCUUGGCCGUCUCGUCAAGGAAGGUAAGAUUCAAUCACUUGAACAGAUUUACCUCCACUCUCUUCCAAUCAAGGAGCAUCAGAUCGUUGAUACUCUCGUCGGCCCCAGCCUCAAGGAUGAGGUCAUGAAGAUCAUGCCUGUGCAGAAACAGACUCGGGCCGGGCAGAGGACUAGGUUUAAGGCCUUCGUUGUUGUUGGUGACGGCAAUGGCCAUGUCGGAUUGGGAGUUAAGUGCAGCAAAGAGGUGGCUACGGCAAUACGUGGUUCGAUUAUAUUGGCUAAGUUGUCGGUGAUCCCUGUUAGGAGGGGUUAUUGGGGUAACAAGAUCGGAAAGCCUCAUACUGUUCCUUGCAAGGUCACCGGAAAGUGUGGUUCUGUCACCGUCCGUAUGGUCCCUGCUCCUCGUGGUGCUGGUAUUGUUGCUGCUAGGGUUCCCAAGAAGGUGCUUCAAUUCGCUGGUAUUGAGGAUGUUUUCACUUCCUCCAGGGGAUCCACUAAGACGCUUGGAAACUUUGUGAAGGCCACCUUUGAUUGUCUAUUGAAAACAUAUGGUUUCCUGACACCCGAGUUCUGGAGGGAGACCCGCUUCACCAAAUCUCCAUUCCAAGAGCACACCGAUCUGUUGGCUAAACCGACCGUAAAAGCAUUGUUGUUGGAGGAUCCUGAGAGGGUUAAUGUUUAAGCCUGCGUAUGGUAUGUUUUGAAUGGAAAAGAGAAGAAUGUUUUUGUUAGGACAACUCUAUAGUAUAUGCUUUUAAGUUCAAGGAUAGUGUGUUAUUUAUUUCUUAUGGGUACUUGACUCUGUUUUUUGUUUCUGGAUUCAAUGGCAUAAAGCUUGAUUUUGAAAGAACUAAUUUUUCUUGAGAA